AUGACGCCGACAGCUUGGUUGCUUGGAAAGCUUAAAUCAGCUGUGGUUCUGACCUAUGGGCUGGGCGGACUGUUGUUUUAUGGCCUUGUUGCUGUGAAGCUGGGGUAUUUCUUUAAGCAGACUACGGAGAAGGAGGAGUUGGAGUUGAAGAUCGCGCGUAACAAGUUCUGGGACUUGUCCAAGAAAUGGGACGGCUUUUCUCAUCAUAUACUUACCCUGAGAAAUGGGUUCAAGUUUCACUACGUUUGCAAUGAUCAGGGGGCCUCGUUGGACCAGGAUAAACCCGUGGUUGUCUUCAUCCAUGGUUUCCCCGAUAGCUGGGCCAUCUGGCGGAAUAUACUGAGCUCUUCGUCUCUUCAGCAGUCUGCGACCCUUAUUGCGGUUGAUAUGCCCGGUUAUGGUGGAACUGAUAGCUUGAAUGAUUACUCGCCUACUAAUGUGCUUGAGAGUCUGACCGAGUUUAUCCUUGCGAUCAGAGCCAAAUAUGGCGUGGAUACCGAGGCUGGUGUGCGCCAGAAGAAGCUGGUUGUUGUCGCGCAUGACUGGGGUUGUGUUGUUUCUAUGCGGCUUGCGGCUGAAGCUCCUCAGUUGGCGGAUCGGUUUAUCCUGAGUAAUGGGCCGUUGCCUCGACUUGCCUCGUCCAACAUUAGUCGCCUGCUAUCCGCAUCUGUUAAGAUGUUGAAGACGGCCUCGCGCUCGCCAAUCCAAUCACGGUCGAUGAUUUUCAAGGCAUUCGCGACUUUGAGCCCGAUUUUUCGGCAGUUUCGGAAGUCCAAGUACAUCUUUGCUAUGCAGCUGCCCAUGCCUCUGGUUCGGUAUUUCGGAAGAGGUGGAAAUUAUUCCUUCCUGAAGCUCAUUCACAGGGGUUCCUUCGGAAAGCGGGAGUACACGCCUCAGGAUGCUGCGGAGUGUUUUGCUAGCUCCUUGGGUCCAUCGGUUGCAGAAUCCCGGACUCAGACCGCUGAUGGAGAGCAAUAUCCCGAGUCACUGAAGAAUGAGCGCGCAACGUCGAGCUUCCAGCACAUGGCCUGCUAUUACCGAGAUAGAACUGCUUUCGGGGCCCUGAAAGCUUGUGCGACCGUCAUUUGGGGCAAGGGAGACAUUGCCUUGGAGCCACAGAUCUGCUUGGAUGGCCUCGCCGAUUACCUCGUCGCAGACAGUCAGUUGGUCGAGCUUCCUCUCUCGGGCCACUUCACUCCGUUGGAACAGGAGAGCCAGGUUGCUUUGGAAAAGGCGGUUGAGUGGGCUGUCAAGGGCGAGAAGGAGGACAUUGGGGCGGUUAUCAAGGCUUGCUAUCCAACGGCUGUAGUAACUCUUCGGAAGUGA